AUGUCCGUUCUGUACGCGCUGGCCUGGCGCCUCGUACACGUGGUGUUGGGGGCACAGAGGGCUCUGCUCGCCUGGCUCCGGCUUUGGCACUGGAGGGUGUGGAGGGCGGCGGGCGCUCUUCUCCUACCGCCGGACAUCGCCUUCCAGCGGAGGAAGGGCCCACACGGGGACUGCCAUCUAAGGCGGGAGGAGGACUGGUGCCAGUGCCUGGAGGACACCGCGGAUAGCUCGUCCCUGAGACAGCGCUGUGACUGCUCCUACCUGCACCGGGACCUCGUCCUACACCGGAGGGACCGAACUAAGCUCAACAAGAUGCCCGUCCACCUGGCACUGCUCAUCGCGGAAGAACAGCACAGCUACACGGACGUGGCCAGCCUGGUGGUGUGGUGUAUGGCCCUGGGCAUCUCCUAUGUCAGUGUCUACGACCAGAGAGGGUUCUUCAAAGAAAAUACUUCUAGACUUAUGGAUGAAUUGUUAAAACAGAAAGAACUGUUGGGUGAUGAAUGUUCGAAAUAUCCACUAGAAUAUGCAAAUGGAAGCACUGACAAAAAUGAGAAAGUGAUUCGCCAUUUACCUGUGUUAAAGGUGCUAUCUCCAGAGGAUGGGAAGACCAACAUUGUGAAAGCUGCACAGAAUUUUUGUCAGCUUGUAGCAGAGAAAGAUAAGAGACCGUCAGACUUGGAUGUUGAAUCGCUUGAUCGUAUAUUAAGUACGCACAAUUUCCCAGACCCUGACUUAAUAUUAAAAUUUGGCCAUAUAAACAGCACACUAGGUUUUCUGCCAUGGCAUAUACGACUUUCAGAAAUUGUUACUUUACCAUCACAUGUGAAUAUCCAAUACGAGGACUUUUUCUCCGCACUCAGCUGCUAUGCAGGCUGUGAGCAGCGAUUUGGGAAAUGA